AUGAAGGAAGACGAAAAAAAGUGCAGAGAAAAUAAGGAGAAUACGGAAAAAGAUGGAGAGAAAGGAGAGGAAGAAAGCCUGCAUAAUUCUCCGCAUAAUUCUCAAGAGCAAGAGGAAGAGCAAGAAGAAGACAAAGUGAUGGCAAAGAAUGAGACGGAGAACUUGAGAGAGCAUGUGAAAAGAGAUAAGGAUAACAUGUCUCGAGAGAGUAUAAGGAUGGAAGGCAGCGCGGGCAAGGACAUCGAGGAGCUGCCCGAGGAAGUGGACACUCUUCCUUUCUACCACGGCUUCAUCACUCCAGAAGAUUUGUGCUUCAUCUUUUCUGAGGUUGGAGACUUUAUCAUUCGUUUGAUGCAAUCAUCAAAAACCAAGAAGUUUGCAAUCGUCUUAUCAGUGGAAACAAAGCACAAACCUUUGAAAAUUAAACAUAUCCGUUUACAUCAUGUGCGUAGUAAAGACAAUAAAAUACAGUGGUAUGCAUCUGAAAAAUACAAAUAUGGAUCUAUCAAAGAAUUAACAAGUGAUUACAUCAAACAAAAACGACCAAUACAUCCUGAUAUACCAGAAAGUGUUCUCAUUCGCGGUAUACGUCUCAAAAACUGGGAGAUCCGCCAUUCUGAUGUAAAGUUUGGCAAAUUAUUAGGCCAGGGUCAAUUUGCUUCAGUGUACCAAGGUGAAAUCAAUAGCAAAUCUGGUAAAAAAGAAAUUGCCAUCAAGAAGGUUGCAUACAUGAUUUUACACUUAUUCAGUCACUAAUA